CUUCGAAAUCCCUCUUCAGGGCUGCAGCAAGAACACUUGUACCAAGGACACAGGUUAUAAUCAAUUCAAACUCUCAUUUUAUUAAAAGAAAAAUCAAAUCUCUAGAAUAUCGAUAAAAAAAUGGUCAACCCAAACCCGCUCAAUGCGCGUGCCAUCCACCUUCGCUCACUUCAUAAACCUGGAGACCCUCUGGUGCUUUGCAACGUCUAUGACGGUGCCACCACACGCAUUGUGCUCAAACACGGCGGCGCCAAAGCCCUUGCGACGAGUAGCUACGCUGUAGCUGCUGUGAGAGGCAAGCGGGACGAAGACCUUGACCCCGACAUGCUCAUUUCUGCGGCCCGUGAUAUCGUUAACGUAAUCAACGAACACGAAGCUUCACUAAAAUCCGGUGAUGGCAACGCUGGCAUGAUCCCGCUUACCAUUGACAUGCGUGACGGCUGGGGCGACCGGCUAGAAUAUGUGGUGAGAGGACUGAUCGAUGCGGGCGUUGUGGGGUGUAAUCUCGAAGAUGAAGAUGCCGAGACGGGCAAACUAAUGAGUUGCGACGAGGCAACUGCACGUGUUCGAAGGGUUGUGAAAGAGGCGGAAAGGCUUGGGGUUCCGGACUUUGCGAUUAAUGCAAGAACGGAUGUUCUAGGUCAUGGUGGGACUAUUGAUGAAGCGAUUUGCAGAGGGAAAGCUUAUCUCGACGCCGGAGCGACCUGUGUAUUUGUUUGGGGCGGUUUGGGAGGUAGAGGUGUGUCUGGACCUGAAAUUCUGAAGCUGGUCGAAGCGUUGGAUGGACGAUUGAAUGCCAGGUUAAAGACUGGACCGGGAUAUUUGACAAUUCCCGAAUUGACGAAGAUGGGCGUGGCCCGGAUUAGUUUGGGCAAAGAGUUGCAUGAUAUUGCGAUGAUGGCAUAUAAACAGACUGUCACUCAGUUAUUAGCAGGAUAGUUACAUGUCUACAUAUAAAAAGUCAGUAGGUUCAUCGGCGCAGGCGAAGUAGCAGCUCCGAACUAGUGAGUGUUUAUAUUUUGCAAUGAUGCCCUAGUUAAAAACAAA